AUUUUACAGUGGCAAUUGAAAGUAACACAAACCUUGGCAUAGCCCUGCUCCUGAGAUGUAAACUUUCACAUACUGUUUUAUCUGCCAGGUAAGGGAACGUUUUUAAUUUUUUUUUUUAUAUCGCAAUAUAUCGCAAACCCCAAAAAAUGGCAGCAAUAGUUUUUUUCCAAUAUCGUUCAGGCCUUCUGCCCAUGGUCAUCUGGGAUAAGUUCUAGCACGCUUGCAACCUUCGUGAGGACAAGCGGUACAAAUGAUGUGUUGAUGGCUGGAUUUACUGAUUACCACAUAAUCCUGUUUUACAACAGGACAGCUCGCUUUCUUUACCAGCUCAUGAAGUUGCUAUCUAUUAAUAUGCUAUAUCCAAGGGCAGGUAAAAAAUUAUACACCGUAUUGGCCGGAAUAUAAGACAGCCCUGAUUAUAAGACGACCCCGUCUUUUUCAAGACUCAAGUUUGAAAAAAGACUUUUUCAACACCAAAUUUUUAUACAGAAAAUAAUUACAGUACAUCUGAAACAAAUGAUUUUAACAAUAUAUUUGAGAGAAAAAGUAUGUUAUUUUGCCUCAUUCAAAUUUUAAUAUCUGAACAUUUAAAUAUGUAAACUUAAGUGCAAUCACAUUUGUAAAUGAAUGGAUUCUGGUUUUUGAAAUGAAAAUAAACCAAUCUAUUGUAAUAAAACAACAAAUUUGCAAUAACUGCAUUAACCAUCAAAGUGAAGUCUUAACUGUAACUGUAGUCUUGAAACAAAUCUGAAUAAAUGGUAAAUGGUGUUAUACUUAUAUAGCGCUUUUCCACCUUUCAAGGCGCUCAAAGCGCUUUACACUAUGGAAAAACUGUUGCGGCUGGCUAGGCGAAGCCGAUGCGGACCAAAGUGCGACCCGGAAGCCGAAGUAGAGUGAAGUGGUAUUUAUUAAAGACAUGCAAGGUGUGGAGUGGCUGGCAGGGUUGAUGAUCCAGGGUAUGGCUGUGGCAGGCGGCGUUGUUCGGUCAGGAGGCCUGGCUGGGUGAGUGUCCUGAAGGCAAAAGAUAGAAUCAAUGAAGCUUUCAAAAACAAGAGUAAAAAAAACCACAGACUUGAGUUGGCGAUGUACCAAUGGUGACUGGCAGAAUCAUCUGGCACCUGCUUGCUGCCCGGGCCGCUCCUUAUAAGCAGUGUUGAUUAAUGAUGAGCUGCAGGUGCACUCCCAGGUGAGCCAGGUUAAAACUGAUACCAUUCAUCAAAACAGGAAGUUUCAUAGCAAUAAAAGCCAGCAGAGGGGAGCGUGGGCAAGGACUACCACAAAAACAUUGCAAUAAAAUAAUGCAAACUGAUUAAACUUGAGAGUAGCUGAGAUCUGUCAUGACAGAACAUCGCUUCAAUGAUAUCUGGCGCAGUCUAGCGUCGUAAAUGGUUAUAAUGUCUAGACCGCGGAUAUAAGACGACCCCCACUUUUUCAGUCUUAUUUCAAUGCAAAAAACACCGUUUUAUAUUCAGGCCAAUACGGUAUUUGCAUGUUGUUCAUCCUCUGGCUUUGUUUUUAGUAUUUUGUUUUCUUGCAAGCUCCGAUUUCAAUUGUGUCAGUUGAUCAUGAUCACAUGAUCAUGUUAUUCGAUAAAUUUAGGCCCUUUUUGUUUUCAGCAAGACUUCCUUUAACCUCAACUACUGAUGAGGAGACAGAGCAAGCUCAACAAAUGAUCCUGGCGGAAAGGCACAUCACCAUUGAUGAGUUCUGCUCUUCCCUGAUUAGUCAUGGCUAUGCGCAUCAAAUCAUUCAUGAAACUAAAAACAAAAGCAAGAGUGCACUAUAGAAUGUGUGGAUGAAUUUUUAUGUGCCCUAUUAGGCUUACAAUGUCUAAGUACACAUUUCAGAGACAAGGCAUUCAAAAUGGCACAUGGAGGCACAUCGAAGGUAUGUGCAUACAAAUAUUUGACAUUAUUAAACUGACAUCAAAUCCAUGAUUAACUGUCACUUGAUGAGGAUUUUGGAGAUUGAUGUUAGUGACUCAAACAGACACGAAUGUUACUCUAGCUCUGGCAAACUGACCAAGUCAAUAUUACAGUUCAAGGUGUAAAAUAGCUACAAGCCUGUGUAUCUAAGCAAAGUUUGCUCCCAAUUAUAAACUGGGACAAGUGCAGAACUUUAUCGUAUCCCAAAAUACAGUGAUCCCUCACUACUUCGCGCUUCAAACUUUGCGCCCUCAGUCCAUCGUGGAUUUUUUUCAAUUAAAAAAACAAAAUACAGAUGAGCUGUCCCGAGCCUUUUCACUCUCGCUCCCUCCCUCCCUCUCCCUGUUCUGUGUUCCUCAGGCACUGUGGCACUGCACUGGAGUUGCUUAUUAUUAAAGUUACUGAUGUCGACAAAUGUUUGUGUUUGAUCUUGCCAGAAACACGAACUUCAGAAGCGUCAAUCAUCGUUUAACUUGUUAAAUAGUUGCUGUGGCAACUCAUUGUGUGUAAGUGAGAGGAUUUGAGAAGACUCACUCAAUGAAGUGUUGCAGGUGCUGCCUUGGAACAGACAGGCUCUGUGUGCGUAUGCGCGGGCGUGGGUAUAAGGGAGCGUGAAUGAACGUAUGUGUGUGGCGAAGAUCAAGGCAGCCGGAUGUCAGCCGGUCACGGCAAUAAACGUCACAUGUUUAAAGUGAUCCUGAGCAGUUUGUAAUUUCCACAUGUCACUCCAAGAGUCACAGCCAUGGGAUGUAACAGAAGCAUUUAAUAAAGCCAAGCAUUUUUCUACUACAGUACUUUAUUCUUGUUUAAAAAUAAUUCAGUGGGACAGUAACAUGUUUAAAACUUAUCAUAAUUGUGAGGUGUUUUUUCCCUUACUGGAGAUGUUUUUCUGUGGAAAACCACCAGAGUUGAUACUUAAGUUUCACUUUCGUUUUCAUAGGUAUCGUUUCACAGUAAGCAUCCUUGGGUAACGCCCUUUGAACAGUAUAAAUGUCCAGCCUCUAUUGUACUUCUUUGUACUGCUGGGUGAUCACAGCUCCUGGCUGAAUCACAUCAUUAUGUACCCUUGAUAUAUCAUGUUUAUAAAGUCUUCGAAGCAGGCAAUCUUUGGUUGGUCGUAUUUAUUUCUCUAAUUGAGCUAUCGAGGUAACACUUGUCUUGGAGUUCAAACUUGAAUUUCCCUGACAAUAAUUAUUACAUGUGAAGUGCUUAAAAACCAUUUAUUAAAAUAUAUAGAUACAUUUUUUAAAUUAUACUUCGGGGAAAAAGUGAAAGACGUGUCUUGUAUGUAUCUCUUUCCAAUGCUAAAUUGUUCUGAAUAAAUACAUUGAACACCCCCCCCCCCUUUUUUUUUUUUUUUUUUUUAAUUUGGGGUGGUGUGCACUACUUUGCGGUUUUUCACUGAUCGCGGCGGGUUCUGGUCCCCAUUAACUGCGAAAAACGAGGGAUCACUGUCAUAUCAGCUGAGCUGAACAAGAAUUUAAGUUAACUGGUUAAAAUGUUACCAAUGAAUUCACACAGAAUAUAUCUAAAGGGACGUAACAUGUAUAUGAGGCUUGUCUAGAACCAUGCUCUUUUCUUUUUUUACAGAAAUACUUAAGUGUGUAAAAAAUUACUUAAGAUAAAACUCUUGUGGUUAAACAAUUUAAUGAAUAAAUAAAUGAGGAGUUCAUAUCAAAAGAAGAUGCUGUAAAAAGAUGCAGCCAGAAGCCAGAGGUGAUGUUUUUCAUGAAUUCGAUUAGAGCUGUUUACCACCAGAGGUUUCUUUUCGCGUAAACAAGAUUUCAGCAUAACAUAUGUUUACACCCAAUAUGUUGCUGCUGCAGGAAUAUGAGGAGGGGGAUUUUGGCAUAACCUUCUGAACAUUCUGCUCAAUCUAUCAACUUCCAAUGCCAUUUGCUGUAUCCUGUUCAGAGUCAGGUGGUGCUAGACUUAUUCCAUAUGAUUUCUAGCAAAAAGAAAUCCACAACCUCAUCUUGUCUCCAGUCCAUCACAGAGCACAUGUGGACACAGAACACAAUAUUCAUCCACAUUCGCUGAAUGAAUGUGUGAGACUUAACCCACAAUGCUGGCAUCAAAGCCAUUAUAGGUCGAUACGGCAUUUACUGUAAUCACUGAAAUCUGGAGAUAAACUUUGUUCUCAAGACCAUAGGAGUGAGUUUAUUCUUCCAAGGGAAAGUAAAUUCAUACUCUGGUUUGGACUCAGAUAACACAUUUGGUAUUUGGCUGACGAUAUUUGACCACUCCAUGUGACAACAACCAUAUCCAGUUGGUCAUCAUUUACCUGUAUGCGCAUCUACCAUAAAAGGCAAUGAUUUAAACUAUUGGUCAGGAUCUAGUAAAAAUAUCGUUGAAUGUAAAUUAGUAUUUGUGUUUGUUAUUCCCAUUUCUAAGAGGAUGCUUUUAUUAGAUUCUGAAACAGGCUCCCACGGUAGUCAUACCUCAUCAGUGUACAUUCAAUAGCUUUUCUUCCCUUACAUUUCAUUUGUAUUAUGUCAAGUGGUGGUUACAGUAGAAAUGACAUGUGACACAGACAGUUUACGCUUAUUCUUUCCCUAUUCUUACUGGUAUAACUGCAGUUGUUCAACCACCAUGGUCUGCUGGCUGUCCACACUCGUAUUCAUCAUCCUGACUACAGCUUCCCAACCUACAGUGGGAUGUCCCUCUGGUUGCCGCUGCUACAGUCUUACGGUGGAGUGUGGCUCCUUUGGAAUCAAAGAAAUCCCACAAGGUGUCCCCACCUUCACUGAGACAUUGUUCCUCCAGGACAAUGCUAUUGUGCAUAUCCGUCUUCAGGAUCUGACUCUGCUGGACAGCCUCCAUUACCUUUACCUCCAGAAUAACAGCAUUUCAGCUCUGGAGCCAGGAGCAUUUCUCAGCCAGGGGCAGCUACUAGAGCUCGCCCUGAAUGGAAACCUCAUCCAUCUUGUCACCCCAGAGAUGUUCCAGGGUUUGGAGCAUCUUCGGAUUCUUUAUCUUGCGGGCAACCAGAUCACUCGAGUACAGGACAACACCUUCAGGGGACUGCAGCGCCUCCAGGAACUCCAUUUGCAGGAAAAUAGCAUAGAGGUACUGGCAGACAAAGCUCUGUCUGGAUUGUCAUCUCUGGCUCUACUGGAUCUCAGCCAAAAUCACCUCCACACCUUGGGAGCCUCAUCACUCAAACCACUUGUCAGUCUGCAGGUGCUGCGAGUCACAGAAAAUCCAUGGCGAUGUGAUUGUGCUCUUGGCUGGCUAAGGACAUGGAUCAGCGAGGACGGACAGCGGCUGUUAAGCACUGCUGAGCAGCGUCGUCUAAUGUGCUCGGAGCCACCUCGUCUUUCCCACCUCAGCCUAGGGGAGGUUGCUCCAAACAGCCUGGUUUGCAUCCCCCCUGUUGUACAGCUUGAGCCUAGUCAUCUAACUGUUAGACUCGGGGAGAGCCUUCGAGUCUCAUGUCAAGCCUCAGGAUAUCCUCAGCCUCAAGUGACUUGGAAAAAAUCUUCCAAUGGCAAGGCCCAGUUGUCUCCACGAGGCUUGGUUCAAGAGCUGGGGCCCAAUGGUGAACUUUUCCGACCUGGUGUUGGAGGAGUUGUGACGGCCCUGCCUAGCAGUGGGGGUAUAAAGACUGGUGGAAUCAACGGGCUUGUGCGUGGGACCGAGGAGGGGGGUGAGAGAGACAGUUUCGACCCAGACAUGGGCAGCGGCAUGCUCUUUCUCAGCAAUGUGACGGUUGCACAUGCUGGUCGUUAUGAGUGCGAGGCAUGGAAUCCUGGUGGUGUAGCAAGAGUUACAUUUCACUUAGCGGUCAAUAUGUCUUCAUCCUCAUAUUCGUCACAAUUCUGGCCUCAUUUAAACACACACUCAUCAGUUUCAUCUUCAUCUAAUUCAUUCUUCCAUCCAAAGGUUGUGGAUGUUAGCCAGAAGCCACUUUAUGAGCAAGACAGCAUGGACUUUAGUGCUCUUGGCCCAGCCACACAAACCGCCAUCGCUGUUGGCAUUUCCUUACUAGCACUUACUGCUAUUCUACUCUUGAUUAUGAUUUACACACGUCACCAGCAAUACCAUAAAGACGAAGUGGAGUCCUACUGUACCAGCAAAGAAGAGAGCAUUAUCUAUGUAAAUGAUUACUCUGACGGACCCACCACUUUUGCACAGCUGGAGGAGUACAGUGAUGACCAAGGUCAUGAGAUGUAUGUGCUUAACCGAGCAAAGCCAGUUGGGUCCGCCUCAGUGAGGUGUCCCAUGAUGGGAGGGUUUGCCCCACAAAGAAGCAUGAAAGAGGCGCUCCUGGAUCAUCAAGUGAUUCAGACCCUUUCCAGAUCAGGAGGGAUGGAGGUUCGAAGAAAUCCAGGAGAUGGCGGUGAGGGGCCACUAACCACUGACCCAGAGGAAGUCUUCCUCAGCCAGAGUCUCAUUUUUGGAUCACAGCUUGCUUAUGAAAUCCACUGUUAAGGGGUUUUUACUUUAGUUCAUGCAUCAAUGUCUUGCUUUAUCAAAACAAAACUAAAAACAUCACAUUCUAUGGAUGUUUUAGUAAAAGGUAAAGGGAGGACAUUACUCAAUAUUUUCUUUUAUAGAGUGAGAUUGGAUGGGUCAAGCAAUAUGAGGCGCCGUUUGUAAAGCAGCACAUGCUGAAAAUUACAACAAUAUUUUCUCACAUUUAGCGCCACACAGUGUUUAAAAUGGUGUGAAAUUUUUAGCCACUUUUUUUUUUGCACAUUUACAAUGUUAUUUAGCAACUUAAAUAUUCCUCUUUAGAUAGGUUUUGGACCUGAUUCUUUAAACCCAGAACUAAAUAUUCAAUUUAAAUCUUAAAUUUAUAUCCUAUAUCCUAAAUGUUAAAUCAGGAAACGGUCGGAACUAAAUAUUUAGCCUAAUAUGCAAAUUCACAUGACUGGAGACCGAAAGUAACAAAAUAAAAAGUGGUGGAGCAACUCAGACUGUCUGUUUACGUUGCUUGAAAAUGAAUAAAACCUAUUCAACGGUGGCAGUCUGCUCUUAGACAUGAGUCAUUGUGAUAAUAACAAUAUAUAGGUAAAAUACAUAAUUAGGAGAAACUAUUUAAAGAGCAUUUUGUGUGCUCCAGCUUUUAUUUUGUUACUUCCGGUCUCCAGCCAUGUCAAUUUGCAUAUUAAGCUAAAUAUUUAGUUCCAACCAUUUCCAGAUUUAGCAUUUAGGAUAUAAGAUAUAAAUUUAACAUUUAAAUUAAAUAUUUAGUUCUGGAUUUAAACAUUCAGAUACAAAACUUCUUAUUUAAAAAUGAAUAUUUAAGUUGCUAAAUAAUGUUGUAAAUGUGCAAAAAAAAAGUGACUAAAAAAAUUUACACCACGUUUUUAACACUGUGUGGCGCUAAAUGUGAGAAAAUGUUCUCGUAAUUUUCAGCAUCUGCUGCUUUACAAACGGCGCCCCAUAAAGCAAACACCUAUUCAGCUAGUUGAACUCUGAAUCAACCAAAACAGAGGUACAUAUAGGAAAUACGGUAGUUUACUGUACAUUGCGCUCAAACAUUGUGUAGUGGGUGUCUUUUGUGUAAAUAUGAUGGCAGAUAUUCAGACUAAUUUUUUGUGGUUACUGCUGUAAAUAUUACCAAUUAAUAUUCUACAACAUUAACAACAGUAUUUUUUUUACACUAGUGGUAACAAACACAUUUACAUUGUUUGUAAUUGACAGUUUGCUGGAAUUAAUUCCAUUGACAUUUGUCUGUAACAGCCAAUUUACUGUAGUGUGAAUCGGUCACAGUGCUCUGCAGUUUUUACAUAUUAAAAUGGCUUUUAAAGAAUAAAAUGAGUGGCUCCAUCUAUUUGUCUUUUUUCUGUACUUUUCUGAUUUAUUAUUAUUUCUGGACUUGCCUUACUCUUCUGUAAACAUAUCACGAUAGAAAUAUAAAGUAAUGCCUCUUUGAAUCAACUUCCUAAUAAGGACUAGUGCUGCUUUGUGUUUAUUUAGCAAAUGUUGCAUUCAAGACAAAUGUUCUGUUGGAUUGUUAAUAAAAAGGUAAUACAAGUGAAAUCACCCGGCGGCAAAUCCAUGAUAGGCUGGUCACAAAAAGCUUUUGACUGACAUUUCAAUUCGGCUAUUAUUUAAAAGGGCAAUGCUUGUGGCCACACGGUUUAACUCGAUCACCACAUAAGCAGGCAGUGA